UCGAGGCUUUGAUUUGCAAGAGUUGUGUGUGUAAGCUCGGUGGACGGCGAUGAUGAACGUGGAGGUGGCUGUGCUGCUCUUCCUGGCCCUUUGGGUUUGUGUUUGGACGGAAGAUUCUGGGAAAGUAGUUGCUGACCGCUACGCCGUGUACUGGAAUAGCACCAAUCCCAGGUUUCACAGAGGGGACUACACAGUUGACGUCUGCAUCAAUGACUACCUCGACAUCUACUGCCCCCACUAUGAUGAUUCUGUGCCAGAGGAGAAGACAGAGAGCUACAUCCUUUACAUGGUGAAUUUUGAUGGCUACAGAAGCUGCGAUCACAAGAACAACGGCUUCAAGCGCUGGGAGUGCAAUAGGCCACGCACACCGAAUGGCCCUCUGAAGUUCUCCGAGAAGUUCCAGCUCUUCACACCAUUUUCCCUAGGCUUUGAAUUUCGACCCGGAAAUGAGUAUUAUUAUAUAUCAUCACCUCACCCUAACAUUGUUGGGAAGCCCUGCUUAAAGUUAAAAGUAUAUGUCAGACCAACAAAUGAUUCUAUAUACGAGUCACCUGAACCGUAUCACAAUAACGACGGGAUCACAACCUUUAGGAUUUCUUGGCUCAUGCUGGCAGCGACCUUCAUCCUGUUAUUCCUUACAUCAUAGCACCCAGAGAAAAAGAAAACAAAAAGAAAUUAUUUCUAUUCAAGGGACCGCAACCAAAAUGGAGACGGCAAGGGAUUGACAUGGGUCCUGCAGAAGAGACUCCAUUUUCUGAGACACUUUGCCGUUAAGACAAAUAAUUUGAGGAUCAGACAUGCUCUAUUACUGCUUUGUGAGACUGGGAAUUCUCAUUUUCUUGUGAAACACUGCCUUGGGCCCACUGGGGUUUGAUAUAUAGUACAUAAAAAUUGCAACAAAUAUCUCCAUGGAGGUCUCCAGACGCAACCUUUCUCAAAUGGAAUCUAUAUUGGUGCAAUUGUUCGUUCCACUGGUAGGUCAAGACUCAUGACAGAAGAAGCAUCUGGGAGUGUUCAGUCCUUCAAAGUUCCUUUAAACCCGACUUCUUGACACCCUGUUCCACAAAGGCAGCCACAAGUCUAUUUGCUCAUUCUUGUGCUUGUUUUUAAAUUUCGUUUUGCCUUGAAUUUUCAAGAGGGGUUUGUUCAGUCUAAGUGAUGGUUUGGGGGGAGCAGUUCUGUCAGAGGGGAUGGGAUCGGGUGGAUAAGAUGAAACUGCCAUCCAAUAGUGACCUGGAAAUCCCCUUCUGCCUUAUGUGGGAAAGAUCGGACUACUCCCACUGAGUCUCCAAGCCUAUGUUGCUGGGGUUGUUUAUGGUAGAAGUGACAUUGGGCGAGAUCAGUGGUUGAACUCUGAAAAUAACAUUAAUCUGUCUUCUACCCAGUCAGGUCAGUCUUCAAUUGGUGGACAAGAGAAAAUUUUCACAGAGUGCAUUGACCUGCUAAUAAGGUUUCUAACUCUAGUUGGAAAUAUUCCUCGUGGUUUCAACACACAGCCCCCUCCAACCACCCCCCCCCCCCAACAUCUGCUGACUGUCCUCAACCCCUAUAGCUAUUCAGGGAAACAGCUUGUUAUCCCAUCUCCAAUAUUGUUACUUAUUGAAAGGCAUCUAUAUUUUUUUUAGCACCACUAGGAUUUUUUUUCUCUCAGUGAUGCUUGUUAUGGCAUUCAUGGGAUUAAUCUUUUAUUCCAGUAAACUGUGGGGCUGGUUGGUGACCUCAUCUGACAGAGAAUUAUUUCAAAGCCAAUCAAGCCAGAGUAUUAAUACAAUGCCUCCAGGGCCCUGCAGGGUCAUGGACUCCUUAAAGGCACAAGUUUUGCUUCAGUAACUCUCAUCUCUGAAGCCUAAACAAAAGCAUAGUCCAGAUGUAAGAUAUUUACAUGUGCAUUUUAAAAUUUGUACUACUUGUAACAUAACAAUAAGUGAAGGCAUUGCCUUAAAGGCAAAAAUGAUGGAAUUCUCAGAAGAUGGAAAGGUUUAGUUGGUUAAGGGAAUUGAGACCUCUUAGGAGUGAAAGAUUGGUGGCUUUAUUUUGGUAUUGUACAAGCUAAAGUCAUCAGAGUAUGAAAAACCUUUCCAUACAGUUCUAUUUUUCCCAUCGCCUUAGUGUUCUUAAAUACUAUUAAAUAAUUCACUGAGCUAGCUCCAUGUCUCUGGUACAACGGAUACACCUGCAUAGCAGUAACAUUCUGGGACUGGUAUCCAUAGCCUUGGACUUCUGAACUGGAGACAGGAGUUUAAAUCCCAAGUGGGAAAUUUAAAUUCAAGUAAUAGGUAAAUCUGAAAUUAAAAAUCUAGUGCAAGUAAUGACGAUUAUCAGAAGCAAAAUACCACAGAUGCUGGGAAUCUGAAAUUAGAAUCUGGAAAUAAUCUGCAGGUCAGUCAGCAUUUGUAAAGAAAGAAACAACAUUACUUUUCAAAACUGAUGAAUUUUCAUCAGUUCUGAUGUAUGGUGAUCAUGAGAUUGUUGUUAAAAACUCAUCUGCUUCACUAAGGGAAGGAAAUCUGCCAUCUUCACCCAUCUGUGUCUCCAGAGCCACCAAUGUAGAUGACACUUAACUCCCUCCACACUUCAGUGGCAAUUACAGAUGGACGAUAAAUGCUGACAAUGUCCUCAUCCUGUGAAUGAAUAAAAAAAAUUGCACAUGUGACAUACACUGACAUGUAGAUGUCAAGUCUGUCAAUGCUGAGGGUUACUCUCUCUGUUGCAGACAUAAGGAAUUAAAGGGUACAGGUAAUUCAUUGAUGGAGCUCUCAAUCUUGCUUCCCAACGUGGAUUUUCCUGCAGUGGGAUUUUCCUGUAGGGUGGAGGAAUUGAGCUCCAGUGUUUAGUGAAAACGAAAUGAUCUCUGAUGUUGGAAGAGGGUACUGUCUACACAGAGAAGAUUGUAGGGCACAGUAACAGAACCUGUGUUUUUUUUAAUUUAGCUUGCAUUAGGGAGGUGUGACUUCAAGCUUUUGGUAUUUGACUGCUGGACUAGGCUUACUUUCUCCUAGCCUUGGUAUCUGUUUACUCCAUUCUUGUUAAUCAGUAAGCAAUCAUUGGAUAGUUUAGUUGUCAAUUUCAAGUCAGUUUCACCAGUGAUGAAACUUGUAGGACAUCCCAUCCUCAGGCCAAAGAGUGGAAUUAUCAGAAAGUGCAAACAGUGGAUCAUAGUAUAAGAAAACUGGGAGAAAACCAUUAGCAGAAGUUACCUUAGUAAAGAAGGAACUUUGUUCUUUUGAAAGGACAUUAAUAAGUGGGUGAAAGAUGAUAGGUAGUAAUGUUCAAAUCAUGAUCAAUACUGGACAUUUUCACUGAAUGAAUACUGUAUUUUAA